AUGAAGGCCUACCUCGCCAAUAAAGGUCUGCUGUUGGACCUCCUGCGUAACCUCAAGACGGAAGAAAAGGAAGCUGGCACGAAAGGGUUAGAGCCGUCCUCACAAGCACUCCGCACGACUCUUCCGAGGAUCCAGCUGCCCCACUUCUCCGGGAAGUACGAGGAUUGGCCAGCCUUCCGUGAUCUCUUCCAAUCGCUAAUCGGAAGGGACACUCUCACGUCCUCAGCCGAGAAGCUCCAUUACCUGAAGACAUGCCUGAAAGGAGAAGCAGAAUUAUUGAUUCGAAGCCUGCCCACGACAAGCGAGAAUUUCGAACGCGCAUGGGAUGUUCUCAUUGCUUACUAUGAGAACAAGCGGCUCCUGGUGCGCAGUUACAUCUCCCAGUUCACGUCACUCCAGAAGCUGAAGAGCGAGUCCGUGGUGGAACUGCGCAAACUUUGCCACAGCGUGAAGAGCACGGUAGGAUCACUGGAGAGCAUUGGGCGCCCGAUCACGAAGGGUGAAGAUCUUUUUGUGCACCUCGUCGUUGACCUGCUCGAUCCUCGAUCUCGCCGAGAGUGGGAGAAUUUCAUUAGUAAUUCCAACGAUCCACUCUCGUACGACAAACUGCAGCUCUUCUUGGAUCGUCGGCUGCACACUUUAGAAUCGUUGCAGCCUGUCAAAGUCGAGGCCAUUCCUUCUAAACCGCAUCCGAGUCCGACACAGAAGACUCGCACUCUUCACACACGUAAGCAGGACAGUAAGCGAGGUCGCUGCUCCCUAUGUGGUCAGGAUCACUAUAUAAUGUUCUGUGACCUUUACCAGAGCAAGACGGCGGAGGAAAGGAAGCGUCACGUCGAGGCGAACGACUUGUGCCUGAACUGCCUAGGAAGGCACAAGGUAAGCGAGUGUGCUUCUCAAAAGACUUGUUCGUCGUGUCGCGCGCGUCACCACACGACCCUCCACGAGGCAUGUCCGUCCGUCGAGAGCACUAAGACGUCACACUUAGCGCAACACAAAGUCGAGGCGACGACGACAGUUCUCCUCGCUACCGCGCGCGUUCGCGUCCUGGACCGGUUCGGCCGCGCUCACACAGCACGCGCACUAGUUGACCAGGGCUCGGAGUCCUCGCUAGUUUCCGAAGCUUUGGCCCAACGUCUUCGCCUGGGUCGGUCUCCUACCUCCGUCGCCGUGUAUGGAAUCGGCGGCAAGCAGACGGGCCUCGCCCGCGGUCAAGUCACUCUUCAGAUCCGCUCCCUGCGCGACGGGCCCUUAAUAAGCGUGGCCGCCUUGGUUUUCCCCCGGCUCACACUUUAUGAAGGCGGAAUCAAGGCCGAUCGUCGAGCGUGGACGCACAUCCAUGGGCUGGAACUCGCCGAUCCGGACUUCUUGGCGACGGAUCCCAUAGACAUCCUUCUAGGAGCAGACGUCUACGCCAUGAUCCUCCAGGCUGGACUUCGACGAGGGAAAUCGCGGGAACCUGUGGCACAAAAGACGGCGCUGGGCUGGAUAUUGUCUGGGGCCGUUGGUACGACGUCCACAUCGCGCCAUGCGUCAGCACAUCACUGCCUGGUCGAGGAAGACCUAGGCGCUCUCGUACAAAGGUUCUGGCAGCAAGAAGAACUACCCGACGCCGCGGUAACUCUCUCGCCCGCGGAUCAACAGUGCGAGAACUUUUUCCGCCAGACACAUUCGCGGUCCGCGGACGGUCGGUACGUCGUACGUCUGCCGGUUGUUGCCCCGCUGCCAGACUUCUCGGCGACGCGCUCCACGGCUUUACGAGUUCUCUUCAGCAUGGAGAGACGUUUCGCUCGGGAUCCUCCUUUUCGAGCUCUCUAUGCUGACUUCAUGCGGCAGUAUGAGGACCUGCGUCAUAUGUCUCGCGUGACUCCGGACGCCACGUCGCGCAAACCGGUGCAUUACUUGCCGCAUCACGGCGUGCUGCGAAAGAACAGUCACCACGAAGUUGCGCGUAGUUUUUAA